CUCUCUCUCUCUCUCUCUCUCUCUCUCACACACACACACACACAGUCAUCUCUCUGUUUUCACCCAGAAGAGCUUCAGUACUUGUUCUGGAACUAGCAGAUCGGAAGAUUAAGCAAAACAGAAGUAACGACAGUUGGUGGUAGAGAUGGGUGCUUCUGGGAAUAAUGUUUUUGCUGUUUUGGCCAAUAAUAUUGAUGUCAUUGCUGGGCCUGUGAUCUCUCUUGCCUUUCCUCUGUAUGCUUCUAUUAGGGCUAUUGAGACCAAGUCCCGUGCUGAUGAUCAGCAAUGGCUUACUUAUUGGGUUCUGUAUUCUAUGAUCACACUUUUUGAGCUUACAUUUGCCAAAGUACUGGAAUGGUUCCCCAUUUGGCCUUAUGCUAAACUGAUUGCUACAUGCUGGUUGGUCCUGCCUUACUUCAAUGGAGCAUCCUAUGUUUAUGAGCACUUCAUUAGACCUUUCUACAGGAACCCACAAGUUAAGAUCUGGUAUGUCCCUCGUAAAAAGGAUAUUUUCAGUAAGCCAGAUGAUAUUCUAACUGCGGCAGAAAAGUAUAUGGAAGAAAAUGGAACAGAAGCAUUUGAAAGGCUCAUAAGCAGGGCUGAUAGAGAAGCAAGAGCUAGAAGGAGUGACUACAUGCUCUUUGAUGGUGAAAAUUACUACGAAUAUUGAGCCGUGUUUUCUGUGUAAAGUUGGUACUUCAGUUUGCCGUCUUUGUUACUUGAUAUCCACCUCUACGACAUUCAGAAGCGAUCAAAAUGUUUAUAUUAUGGCAUGAGAUUGGAAAAUGACAUUCUCCUUUUUCCUUAUUUCAGUACUCAUGGUUUGUUGAAGGGGAUAACAUUGUUGCUUGAGGGCAAAAUACAGAACAUUAUCCUAAGUUCAAUCUGAAUUUUCAUCAUCCUUGUUGGUUUUGGCCCCGUCAGCUUAUAUUUAUCUCUGCAUCUCCCCAAGUUUAUAGCAUCCAAAAAUGAAAAUGUUGCUAGUGAUUUGUGGAACGAACCCGCGCGAGUU